AUGUUCUAUUCAGUUGAUAUUUUAACGCGUAAAGGAAAACUUGGAUUGAUUUGGUAAGGUUAUUUUUUUUUACUGUAAUACGAUGUCUUUGCAUUGAAACGAAAAUAGUUCUUUGAUGAAGUAUUGAAAACAUUCCAAAGUUGCAGCUUUUAAGAAUAAACAAUAUUGAAUUAAAACUAAGCCGGUUCCAGAAUGAAAUUUUUCUUUUCUUUCAUGAAAGGUUGGCUGCUACUUAUGGCGAAUCUAAAAAAGGAAUGGCUAAUCGAGAGUUUCGAAGAGUCAAUAUAACAAGAGCUUGGUACGUCCUCAGUGUCCGCUUGUUCAGUUAAACUUGUUAUUCAUACUAGUUUGCUUGGAAUAAAAACUAAUUUGAUGAUAUCCAUGAGCUUCUUUCUAUAACAUAUGAAUGCUAAACAACAAUUUCCCAAUCAUAAGACAAAUGAAACAUAAGAAUCAGGUCUUGGGUAAUUUUCAUACUAAUCACAGCAUAGUGGGUAGUACAUUAAGACAUGGGUAUAUACAAUUCCCCCCUUACACUCCAUCAUCAGUAUUUAUAUUCUCCUUUCUAUUCUCAAUACAUUUCCAUAAGUGUAGACAAGGAGAAUUUGUUUAUUAAUCAAGAGCUUGUUUAGUUGGUGAUCAUUUCCUUUAUUCUCACAACAUUAAUUUGUGACACUGGGGUCAUAUUGUAAGGAGAAAUUAGAUGCCAGUCACUCUUAGGGGUUAAAGGGUUAAUUUGCAGUCUAAGGCUUUCACUUACAGACAAAAUUUGUCACAGAAGAACUUCUGCAGGUGCUAGUGGCCAGGAAUUGUAAAACCAUCCUCUUUUACCACUAACAGUGUUGGCCUGUUGAUUGGUACUUUGCUAAAUUUGUAUCUAAAUUAAUGUCACCCCAAAAUUAAUCUCCUUGCUAAGGUCAACCUGAAAAUAAUAAAAAAAUAGUGUUGUAAUGAUUUGAAAUUAUUUUGUAAAUGUCCAAACCCUUCUUGCUCGAUGUUAUUCACUUAUUAAUUUUUUUUCUCUAGUCAUGAUAUUAUGAGUCCUGUGGUUCCAUUUGCUCUUCGAUUGUCAUCUCAUUUGAUGAUUGGGGUAGUGCGCAUCUAUAGAGAACAGACCAAAGUUGUCUGGAGUAAGUGUGUUUACAUUUUUUUUACACACUAAAUCCUGAUCCUGUUUUACGUGCAAAUUUUAGAAAAUUCAUGAUUCAGGUAUAAAUAUCUUAAACAGCAUUUCAGGCAUCACAAAUUUAAAAGAGACUCCUUCAAAUUAUUUUUCUUCUAUGUUAGGUUUCUGGGAAAUCUCCAGGUUUUAACAAAUUGAGAGGAAACAUUUCACAGGUCAAUGUACUUUAGGAGGCCAGUUACACCUCACGCUGGUUGAUGAAUUCAUGAACCAUGCUUACCUUUCUGUAAAAUUCACACUUCACAUAUUCAUUUUCACCUCUCAACCAUUCAAUUCCAACCCUACACCAUUCUCCCCACCUCAAAAAAACUUGAUCACAGUCAAAGAUUAUGCUUAUGUGAUUGGUAACUACUAUAUAAAGCCAUUACAGUUUAUUUAAACAAAGGAAAGGAUUCCCAUGAAAUAGAGAUCAAUGUCAGAAGACUAGAAACUAGAAAAGAUGCUUUUUUUGUCUUGUCACAAGCAUAGGACAAGACAGAAAAAGACGUUUUUUUCUAUUUCUUUACCAAGCUCAAAACUUACCAACAGUGUGAAUUUUUGUUCUUGUUUUAUAUCAUCAACUUUGAGAAAUUUUGUGAAAACUAUUCUUAUGCCAAAAUAUUUAUUCCAACUGACCUUUUUUUACUCAACAUUUCACAUUUCCCUACCAACUGAUUUUCUUUGGAAAGCAUGCUUAUAUCCCAAGGAAGCUAUUAUACCCUGGAAGAUCAACCAAUCAUGAAAUUUCAGGUGCUAUAUGAAAUGCUAGGUGAUUCCCAAACUCUCCUUAUGUUAUGCUUAUUUUCCUUUUAAACUGGUAACACUUGAAACCCCACCCCAACCCACCCCACCUUACCCCACAGCCAUCUGAGUUACUAUGAUCAUGGUCUUUAGGAUUGAUAUAGAUAUUUUCUGAUACUACACAAUCUUAAUAAAAUAAAAUUAAUAGCUCCAAGAGAAAAUUAAAUUAUAAGUGCAUCAAACAUCUCAAAUGAGAGGGUAUAUAUGAAGGACAAAUUUCAUCAGAACACUUUUGGGAACUUUUUAUGAUUCAGGAUAAUCUCGUGUGAUUAUUAUUUUUUCAGCUGAAGUGGCACAGAUGUGGAAGACGUUAAGGAAUGCCUUGGUUUUGAGAACCAGUGAAAUUGAUAUGAUUAAUCCAAUGUUAAGGUAACAGAUAAACUACUUAGCAAACUCAGCAAAAUUUGAAAUUUAUUCACGGUACUACCGUAUUUUCUGGCUGAUCACCCAUGGGUAAUCUGUUAAUUUACCACAAGUAGUCAUUGGUGCAGGUUAUAGGAAGGUGCUGGUAAUACGAUGAUUUUUAAAGCUUCUGGUAUAGUUCUAAAACUCUAAGCAGGAAAAAAACAGAGACGAUAAAUCCACUUAAGAUAGUCUUCAAAAGACCUGUGUAACAACUAAUUUUUUUUUCCCGUAAAUUGCUCAUUAUAAUAAUAGACGUUAAUGCUCUCUAUGAAAGCUGAUGCAAUUCGAAGACAUACAAAACUCGAUAACAAAGCUUCUAUUAUGUUUGUACUCUUACUUUCUCAGACAGUAGUAGUGCCCAGCUAGUAUCUGGAAGGAAAGGGUUUGAAUCCUGUCAAAGCCUGAAUUGUUUUAAACUUAUUGCUUGAUUGGAAUUUCAUGUGCAGGUCAAAUGAGAUUUAUUUCAGUGAAAAUUAUACAUGUUGCAUUACACCCCAAAUACUCUCAAUUGUGCCCUAUAAAUAUUAAGUGGAGCUUUUUAGGAGAGGAAAAAUGUGAAAAAUGAAACUGAACAUCAAAUUCCUUACCUGGUUUUCUUGUUGUCUCUAACCACAUUGCUGAUCUCUCUAAAACAUGUUCUUACAGACUUUCAGUACUGUUAUUGCAAUUUUAACUGGUCUCAUUUGCAACAAUUAAGUGACACUAGAUUAGGGUUGAAGCAGAAGUAUAUGUUAUAAAAUCCUCUCCAAAAUUAAAAGAAAAAAAAACAUACUGUAUGUAUGAUCUAUCACCAGGGAGGAGGUUAUCACAGACGAUUUGGAUUUCACAAGUGAAUCAUUCCGCGUGGAUCUGGACGUACAUUCUGUAGCACUGAUAGGAUUGGUAAGCACUACUUGACUCUGUAAGUCCUCAGAGUGACUGGCAUGUAAUUCCUCCCUACAUCAUCACCCCUGACUCAAACAUUCAGGUCAGGAGAUUAAAGGAAAUGAUCAUCAGCUGAAGAAGCUCAUGAUCAUGUUGUUUGUUAUACAAAUUCUUCUUGUCAGCGCCUCAGGGAUUGUAAAGAGAGCAUUUUGGAGAAUAUGUAUACCGAUCUUAGUGUAUAACCAACACCUUGAAUAUAAGAGAAAUCGGAAAGCAUCGCUAGAGUUACUUCAAACUUGUUUCUUAUUAAAGGCAAGUUGAGCCUCCUUGCAGAGUCUAUAUUUGUACAUUACAAAUCACAAAGUUAAUUCCCAACGUGGCACACAAAAACUUGCGUGAUUAAUUCACGCAUUUUUCGAGGACAAAUCCGUUCUUAAACCCAAGCGGUUAUAAGUGUAAUCUAGUCAUUUGUGCCACGUUCUAUUGUAAAUGUACUUUUCACAGGAAGGUUACUUUGUUGUAAAUGGAGACGGACAUCUAAUGCCUUCAGUAUCACCUCCCUUACCAGUGGGACGCUUCAGUCCUCCUAGUAUACCCGGAACUCCGAUGCAAUAUGGAAGCCCUGUGUGGCACCCAGAGUGGAGACCUCCAUCGGGAUCAGAUAAUGAACCAAGCCCGAUUGAAGCCAGGGAAGGCAACAUUAAAAUAGCGGAGGUUGACCAUAUUCGGAUGCGGAUAGACGAACCGAUUAAAGUAAGUAUAUUAUUCUUCAGGCUUUUGAAUAAAUUAUUUUAUUUUGCUUACCUUUCAAAGACAAAAAUUGUAUGAAUUGUGGUCUAUCGGUCAGAUGGUACGUCUAGCUUUCUCAAACAGAAGAUUCAGAGUUAGAUAUAAGAAAAAUUACAAGUUCCACACAUACAGCAGAGUCUUAAUGGAGUUAACUGUUAGCCAAAAAACAGCAAAAGAAGUUAACCUUUCGGCGUGAUAAUUGUCAAAUUCUAAUCGUGAGUCAUAUAAUAAGAUAACCAUAAAUAUUUUUCUUUUAACCGUAACAGAAAUGAGUAAACGUUUAGUUGUAAAAUGGGCAAAAUUUUACUGAAAAGUUGGCCAGGAAAGCCAUCACCCCAUUGACAAAACAACAACAACAACAUUUAUUUAAACACGAUAAAAAAAAUUUUAAAAAAAAUUACAACGGAGCUGAUGUGGUCGUGUAUUUAAAAGUUAAAACAUAGUUUACAAGUGAAUAAAAGUUUUAAAAACUAUCUAACCUAUUUUAAAAAAUAGAUAACAUAUCUGUUAACUAAUCUAUUCGCAUGAAGUUUUGCGUUUAAGAAACUUUUCAAAUAAGCUUUUGCUUCAGAUUGCACGCGUAUGAUCGUCAAGAGAAUUCCAGAGAUACGGCUUUGUAACGAGUGGACUUGCGAAGAAUUUCAGUGUUUGGUUUUGGUGACAAAAAUUCCAUUUCCUUCGCAAGUACAGUGUCGAAAACGUGAAAAAGCUGUACCACGGUUCCUUAUAAACUCACGAUUUAUUUGCUUGAUUCAACAAUUUUGCUAUUACGCUUUGGUUGACUCCCACUCACAACUCUCGGCUUAUUAGAAGGAAACACACUCAACGUCCCGUUGUAAGCACAUGGAACAGUGCCAUAUAUAGGACGAUAAAACACGUGCUGCAUACAGGUUUGCUUAGUUAUGUAUAAAUAAACGAAAUCCCUUAUAAACGUCAAUCAAAUUGAGAAUAAUUAACGUAUCGUACAGUUUUCAACAAUAGUUGCACUCAUAUUUCGUAAGCAGCUUCAUAAUAGGAACAGGGAAGAAGUUAUAAAAACAGUCGUGUGCCAACAUAAGUAAUCUAUAUUCGUAUAAACCUUUAACAGUGGGCCACUUGCUUUGGGAUAAGACUUGAUCGCUGGGUGUGACACCUUCAUGUAGGCCAUGCACCUGUAACGCCAGCUAGCUUGAGUAUACGCGCAACUUUACCCUAUCUAAAGUGCAUAGCACAAAGCUUUCCUACAUUUCAUUGAAACAGAUUCCAGACGAAAUCGACAUAACAGGAGAAGCAUCUUUGCCAGACAUUUACACUUCGGAGGCACCCCUGUCGCGGCAAACUCCCAAAGAACUUGAAAAGAAGAGCGAAAGAAAAGAGCGUUCCCUGCAGCCGAAAGAUGAACGGUGGAAAGAUCAGCAACUAAGGGAGAAGUAAGUGACCAACAGUGGGUAGUUUCUCCAUGCAUCUUUUCCUAUGUCGUCGUUGUUUUAUCUGAUUUUCUUCCUUUAUUUGCCAAUUUAAUCAUAAUGGAGUUUAAACGGCAGACUCCUCCUAAGAGAAUGAAAUGUUGAAAGCGUGAUAAAGAGUCUCUUACAGUCCAAAGGUGAAUAGCAACUGGUCUUUUAUAGUACCCACGGGGAACCAGGUACUCUUAUGGUUACUGCACUAGACUCCAAAUCGAAAGGCCGCACCUAAGCCUUUGAAAAGACAGUGGUAUGGUAUUUUUUUUCUAUAUAGAAAUAGACGUGGACAUGGGUGACUUUUCAGGGAACUUUCCAGGGUAAAAAAUUGCAGCUCAACAGCGCUGAGGAGAGAGACAGUAUAGCUUUAUACGGAAAACUCUCUUUCUUUAGUGACCCUGACGUCAGUUUACAAACGAAUUUAAAGAAACAUUCCACGUUGAUCGAGCAAAGUUCGGGUUUUCAAGUGGACUUAGAACGCAUGAACUACGUGAGGUGUGCCUUGUUUUUUCAAAACAACGAUGAGAUGCAGGUCCAUUCCAGAUUUAAUGCCGUUGCAUGACUUAAUAAUCAACAUAUGAGUACAACAAGUAGUUAGAUUUCAUUCGAGAAGAGUUUGAACAACAAUAUGCGACCACAAAAUAUUAUUCAUUAAUUAUUUAACCUUGUUACUGGUAAGUGUUUCACUCUUUGUUUCUCUUCUAUCAGAUCUACAACACCCCCUCCCCGCUCCCCUCCCCACUCCCCUGCCCUUACAGGGGAUCUGUUAGAUGAUGAACCGUCUGCAACAGAGGUGCUUAUUGUUAAUCAAGAGACAGGAAAAUUAGUACCAAGACUUGAAGGUAAGUAUAGUGCUUUUCAUCAACAAAAUGGUUUUCCAGAAUAAAUAAAAAGCUAAGGCUCAAUUGUGAAUAUGGAGGUACUAAGUCAAAAUUGACAUUAAUGACUGCGAUCAUAGCGGAGCUCGCAGAGCGUAGCCCCAUUAGUAUACAAAAUAGUAGUAACCUAUCAAGCCGAAAAAAUUUGGAUGUACAACCGUACGACCGACCGUACAAGGUGCUACUUUUAGCAUGCGCGGCCAACUGUACCACGGGCACUAUCUUAUAAUCAGUCCUUUACAUGGACACGGAGAAGUUGCGAAUAAAUUAAUAUUACCACGCACUUUAUCCAUAGUAGGGGCUUUAGUUUUGUUGAAGAGACGUGCGGGGGAAAAAAAAGCGAGCUCUGCUAUUAGGCUUGCCUAAAUCUAUAUAUUAUUAAAAUCAUAUAUGUGAGCUGCGGUUUAAGAAAUGAAUAGGAAAGCUAUGUUCACAGUGAUGAACGCUACUUAAGCAGUAGCACAAAAUAAGGCCUGAAAAAAUUCAGGGCGGUGUGGGUUCACACUAAUGGUUUUCAUAUAUAUUCACAGUCAUUGAUUCAUCACUUCAUGGGUUUAUUACGAACCAACAUAAAAACUAGCUCCCAGUUGGCUUAUUAGCUCAGUUGGUAGAACACUGCACUGAUAUCGAAGAGGUCAUGGGUUCAAAUCCUGUACGGGCCUGAUUUUUUUUUUCCAGGCUUUUUUUCACAACUGCUUUAGUAGUGUUUAUUGACAUAGUUAAUCGAUUUGGAAAGCGUCCAGAACGAUGUUAGACCUUUCCAGCAGUGAAGGCUCUUAGUGACAUUUUCCAAGAACAGUGUUCUUAUAAGUAGACUGUAAAUACCAGGAAAAAAUAUUCUUUGGUGCUUAACUUGUUUUUCCGUUUCAUUUCUGUUUAUUUUUUGAGACCUUACGAAAUUGGUUUUCAAAUGUGCCUUGGAAUUUUGAAAAAACUUUGAAGAGAAUUUUCCUUUGCGUUACUUUUUGUUUUCCUCGAAAGUUUACCAAUGAGUCUCAAGUUCAAGUAAACGAACUUGGUUUGUUGGUUUGCGGCAAAACACCAGAAGAGGCUGUUAAUCCUUUAACUCGUAAGAUCUGUGCCAAGUUGUUCAAAGCUAGGUUAAGAUGACCCAGGGUUAGCGUGAAAUCUGACCUCAGAUUUGAGAGCUUUAAAGGCAUAUUCAGUAUAUUUAUUUUUGCCUACAAUUUGAUGCCUGAAUGUUCUAAAAAGAAUUGAAGAAGGGAAUAAAGUAACCCAGAUUAAAACUUAACCCCGGGUUAGCGCUAAUCGGCCUUCGGACAACUGGGCGCUGAUCAUUAAAUUUCCUCUCUAGCUACUGCACAUUUCGUUGUAAAUCGGUUACGAAAAAUUGGUGUUAAAUCAAGAUAAAUUCCUAGCAGAUAAGUUUGAGUAUUCUUUAUACCUUUUUGCUGGAUAAUGUAUGGGUAUUUUAGGGAGAAGUUAAGUGUUAAUCUCUUCUGGGAGUAAACGGGUGAAGGAGGGAAUGAUCAUCAUUUGUUGAGACUGUGAUGGUUUCAAUUCUAAGCAGCUGAUUAUGUGUUGUUGAUCACACCAAGGUAAUUAACAUAUUACAAAAGUUAUCUCACCUCACGACAAGAGCCUCAUGAGAAUUCCUUACCUGGUAAUGUGGUGUUUUUCUCAACAGCAUCUGAAGCUGAGCUGGAGCUGGCUCCCACGACUAUGCCAGAGCCUGACAAGGUACAUGUCAUUGCAAUAAUGUAGAAGUUUUCUACUGGAAUAUCAUGGGUUUCCCAUUUCUCUCAACAGUGGACGAAAAAAAAAAACAUAAAAUCUUUGACGUACUGAAGAUCCCAUUGUCAUAAAAUCUGGUUCGCUAAUUCACUUGUUGGAAACUCAUGGCGCAAAACGUAAUUUCUUUUCAUCAAACUUGGUAGACAAAUGUGAGAGAUCAUGACAGUCACAGUCUUUCAAUGAGUUUUGUUGGAAAGAGUUCUUACUUGUUUACCUUAGAUUAUGGGAACUAGUUAAUUUUAGUCGAAACAAGCAAAAUCGGAGGGCUUCGAAUAUAUAUGACCUCGACCUACCUGGUUCUGUUGAAUAAGUUCUUAGUGUAAACACUGCAGUAACACAGAACCUUAAAAAUUAUGUGUGUUAUUAAUGGAAACUUGGACUUUGUCUGAGAAACAAGUUCACAAUUCUAACCACUAGGAAUUUCUUAUCAGGAUCUUGUUGCCAGGGGAUUAGUUACCCCUGGGGUCCCCAUCGAGACUGCAACUCCCUCCCCACCCAGGAAGAGAAGGAGACUGGUUGUGGACCGAAGCACACAGAUUGACCAAGAUGUGAUCAGGCAUAAUGUGGAAACAGGUGGAAGAGAAACCUUGUGUGCACGAGUGAGGAAUAAUCUUUAUUGGUUUAAUGAACACUUAGUUCAUUGUCUAUUGGCAAAGUUUUAGUUACUUAAUACCUUUUUUUAAACAAAAACUAUUUACUAGUCCUAGCAAGUUAGCCCAUCCUUUUACAGUUUUUCUACAAUAACCAAUAGUCUAGUUCCUAAUACCAGUGGCCUGAAAGGCAGAGCUUUCGAAAUUUUUUCAGCCCCUGAAAUUUUAGACUAAAACUUUAAAGAGCUCAAAUUGCCUCCUCCCCCCCCCCCUCCCCUCCCUCCUUUCCCUUUUGUGCCCGCCAGCCCGGGUAAUGCAAACGUUUUUAUUUCGCUUAACUCUUGCAGCAAUUAAAUCCUGUGUCCUUUCUGACUCAAUAAAUCAGGGGCGUAGCUAAGGGUAUUGACACAGCAUGUUACUACUGUUGUGUUAAAGAUCUGAAUAGUUCCAACAGCCCCACAGGGAGGGACAGGGUAUUACAACCUUCCAGAAUAUACAGUUUUAAUAAUUUGAGCUAUUCACCGAUCUUAUUUCAGGAACUUGAGGAGCAUCCACUAGUUUCUGCAAAGGAUCUAUUCAUGGCACCGGUUACAGAAGGUCAGUUGAUGAGCUAAAACUCGAAUAGCGAGAAGAGGGUUUUAAUAGGGUUAAACGUUUCUCGUAAAACAGACAAAAAAUAUAGGUUUUAGACGUGAAAAUUGACAAAUUGUAACUGUGAGUAAUAAAAAAAAAUGAAAUGUAAAAAUUUUCCCAUAUUGGGUGUCAUUUUGGUUUCACUGUUUGCCGUAAAAUCGCCAACUAAUAGUUGAAAUUUUGAAAAUUUCAACUAUUAGCCAUACUGUCAUAACCAAGUGAGACCCUUUGAUAGUUGUAUUCGUAAUAUAACUACACCUCACUUCUCCUUUCUCUCUAACUGUGCUAAGAGCAUGAGAAAUGUUUGACGUGUAUUCGUAGAAACACUUAUCCUACGAAACGCAACGAUCGAUAGUUUCUUAAAGUGAACAUUUUUUUUUAAUCGUGAGCCAGGUCCAGUGACUUGACACAGUGCCAGUAGGUAGGAAGUCCUGGGGGGGAAGGGGAGGAAGGGGAGGGAGGGAGAAUAAGGGGUUAACCCUAAGCAAUAUGUGAUUAAAUGGCACCACGUUAGGUGAGGGAGUUAACAGAGCCCUCUUGGUCGCUUCAUACCUUUUUUCGCUUCACACCAUAGACUGGAAUAAGCACUAGCAGUAACGUUGGUUAAGUUUUCAAUUCUUCUUGCCGUGCUUAUUUAUCUCGCAGCGGCGUGAUAAUGUCCGCGCUUGAUUACGGAUAGUUAAGUCCGAAUUCGAUGGAGUAAUAUUCCGCGUGGGUGCGUGGCAAUGCCCUUACUCGCUGGUGCAAUAGAAGCCGGGGAAAUGUGCUUGUUUUUCGGUUUUAACUUUCAGCCAUGAUGGGUGACCCCUUUAUUGACCUAUGGAGAAGGAAUGCUGCCAUUAACCCUGAAGAGUAUCGUUCAAGCGAGUCUGAUGUCUCGGAGUGGGACAGCCUGCUGCCUCCCGUUGCUGAAAGCUUUCAGGUAGGUGCCUGAACUGAUAAAGCUGAUAACGAGCGUCAAAAAUUAUUAAUUGUUUUAUAUCAAAAACUAAAGCGCAUCCCUUACUCGUUUGGUGUUUGAUAAAAAGAUCUAAUGCAAUUUUUAACAAUUUUUAUCACUUUGUGGAGUCGAAGGGCUUUUUAGGAAAUAGCAGAGUUUGUUAUGAACGCGAAAAUCUUCAGUCCUUCUUUCUUUUUUUUUCUUUCUUUCUUUCUUUUUUUCCUGUUUUGUUUUGUUUUGGUUUUUUUUCGUUUUGUCCUCCUUCACUUUGCGUUUUAAUUUCAAGGUUUCAGUUAUUUAAGAAUAUUAUCCCUCCAAGGAAUUGUAAGGCUUUAUUGGGCAAAUGCAGAGUUCUUCAUGAAGCUACAGGUUUUGUUUGUUUACUUGAGUUCCACUUCACUUUGCACUCAAAGUGUAUCGAUUUUUUGUGUUAGGUUCCAAGAGACAUGGAAACCCCAGCUGAAAAAGAGAUCCUCAGGGAUGAUCCCAAUGCUGAACAAUCUGGAUUGCUUGAGCGCUCUGAAGCUAGUACCAUUGGGUUUACCCCAGAUACAGGUAAAAUAUCACAAAACAAACUUUGUCAGAGACUUCGUAUGAUUAUUUUCCUUUCCUUUGCAAAAAGUGACAUGUCGAUUACGCGCUUUCUGACGCAUUCAAAUAGACGGAAGUUUUAACUUUUAAUUUUUAUUUUUUAGAUGGCAAAGUAAAAGUCGGGGAAUUUCCAAUUAGUGCCGAUCAAGACAUGGAGCCACCAGAAAUGGAACCAACUGCACCACUGCGAAGGUACAAUCCAGUAGGCUUCAUCUUUAAAUGACGGAAAAUGUUACUUUUCAGCAAGAAAAUUACCUACUACUAUUGCCAUUUUUAUUCACUUUCCGUGUUUUCAGACCGUCUUCUUUACUUCGCUCUUCCAUGACUGGACUGUUGUCCCCUAUUCACGAACCGUCCGAUUUCGAUGAAUACAUGGAAGAUAUUGGUAAGAACAAGAAUAUGCUUUGUUCAAUUAUUUUCAUUAUUUAGAAAAUAAUUUCAUCGUAGUGCUUUCAAUUGAUAUUAACGAGCAGGAGAUCUUCCAACUCUUAUGGAGCAAUCUGAAGUCACGCAGUCCCUCGAGGAGCAGACGAGUGAUACUUGGAGGUAUGUUGAAUAUACUGAAAGUAUGGAGCAGCAAUGCUUAUUCAACAUAGUGAUCAAACGAAAGGCAUGCGCAUUCCAAUCAAUUUUGUUCAGCCGCGCGCCAGUGUCCCACGAAAAAGUGUAUAAGGUAACUUUUAAGGAAAAACUGUUGUUAUGCAAAAUUUACAAAAACACAUUGAAAUGUUUUUUUUUUUAAUCUGCAAGAGUCGAGAAAACUGCUUUUCCACAAGAUUGAUUAUAUGCUUCGCUUCUCCCUUUCCGCGUGAAGGUAAAAGCCAUUGAGAAUGGUACCAUCCGAAAUGAUCUCGUGAUAUGCCGACGGCUGCCCGAUUGUUAGUCGUCGGGUCUGACGGUAGUGACGGUGAAACAGACUUGAUUCGUCACACCUUUUUAGUUUUACCAUUUUCCUACAUUCGAAGGGGGAAAGAAUAGAGUCAAAACUCAACAAAAUCGACCAGUUUGUUGCCUGUUAUUCGAAAAAAUUGUUCACUGUUGCAGAUGUAUUUAGUCUUUUUCUAGUACGUUGUAUGAUCAUUUUUUUUUCCCUUCUUGUAGGAUGGUAAACGGAGCCAUGCGACUCAGCGACGGGCAAGUUGUGUUCAGGAAUUUAUGUCCUCCACAAUUAACAGAGCGAAAAAGUGCAGCUAAAGUUUUCUACCAUCUACUCGGUUUGUAAAUAAUCAUCGGAAUCUAAGCUGACAGCUUUAUUUUCUUAAGAGGUCUCCCUAGAGUUCAAUCGUUAGUUGACGGUCAAUUGGUGUAAACGCAUCACGUGACCGAAUAUGUUUAAGUUCAAAGUGGGUACGUCUGGUGAUAUUCUUCACCAGAUAUCCUAACAUUUACACUUGUGUCUGAUGCGAUAAAAGUCUCUUUGUGAAUUGGUAAACGUGUUAUUCCACGCUUUGCAAAAAAUAUAUAAAAGCUGUUCUAAUACAUUAGCCUUCAUUAUCGUAAAGUGUUUUUCAUUGGAUGGUGUCUGUUUCUCGAAACUCCUAGUUUUCCUCUUCAUUCUUGAAAAGUUGUUCGCUUCUCAGAACAAUUAGUGUCCCAAGACGAAUAUCUGAGCAUACAUUCACACCAAUUGGAGGCUAUUUUUGAACUGUUGCAACGGCGCUUGGCUGCAAGCAUAUUGGACAUUAGCCUGGGAAGCACUGUUACUUCAUAACUAGCAGGCUGACUGAUUCGUUACUUUCCUUUGUUGACUUUGUUUCCGUCACUUUACAGCAUUACACAAGAAUGGAAUAUUUGAACUUAAACAGAGAGAUCCAUACCAGAUGACGAAUAUCUACAUUCAAAAGGGUAUAAAUUAUUGA